AUGGACGAAUUUCACAAGUCAUCCCGGCGCAAAACAAGAGCAGAAAGACAAGAUCUUCACCUAGGGGCUACUUGCAAAAAAUGUAGAGUGUGUCCUAUUGCAGGAAAAUGUUAUAGGUAAGAAAUUUUGAACACAACUGGUAUGCCAUACAUACACUGUACCUGAAAGUGGUCUCUCUUGUUUGAUGUCCACCCAGGCCCUAUAUAAUUUCCUAUAUGACUUAUAUUGUUUGACCACUGUUUGAUCAUAACAUUGUAUGCACUUUGGUACAUGUUAAUAUUGUUUUAAUCUGUGAAACACCGAUAAGACAACUUACACAGAAGGGUACAUUAUGUCUAUAAAAGAGAUUUCCACUGGGUUAUGAGUUUCUCAACAUACAUGCUAUAUAAUAUUACAGUUACCACACUAAUUAAGAUACUUGGCAUCCCAAAAAUCAUGCUUUAUUAUCUACCGUGUAUGUCAGCACUAUUAAGGAUCACAGGACUGGUUUAUCUCACAAAUCAAGAUUUAGAGUAAUUUUUUUGGCUCUAUGAAAAGUAGUCAGAUUACUACAGAAUACAACAAUUUCCCGUGAAGGCCAUGAUGACAGGAAGAGGGUGUUGAGGGGGGUGGAAAGGAUUACUUUCAAAAGUUCCUGACCUGUGUUCCCUGUUUUCUUUUCUCUUCCUUAAAUCUAUGAACUUAGGUUCACUUCCAAGUUAACAGUUAAAAACCAAAUUCUUUUAUCCGAGUGUCCAUGACACCUUGCCUCGGCAGCCUUACCCAUGGCUCCCAUGGCAGUUUAGAAUGCCAUUCUCCUUGACUCGCACUUAAUUUAGAAUGCUUUUCAAUGUAAAUUGUGUGCUUCUUCUUUCCUCAGAUGCGUUGUUUGUUCAGAUUACCAUCUCUGCCAUGAAUGUUUUGCCACAGAUACCCACACCCAGCAUUCCUUUCAGUUUCGACAAGUAAGGCAUUCAUAAUUGUAUCGCCCUGGCACGGAAGGGAAUCCAAGACAGACUUGGAUUCUGGAUUCCGCAUGGCGUGGAUUCCGGAUUCCAGGCACUGGAACUUGGAACUUGGAUUCCGGAUUCCAAUCGUUAGUGGAAUUCCGGACUCCUUGAGCUGUAUUCCGGAUUCCAAGGCCCAGGAUUCCNGGCUCUAUGAAAAGUAGUCAGAUUACUACAGAAUACAACAAUUUCCCGUGAAGGCCAUGAUGACAGGAAGAGGGUGUUGAGGGGGGUGGGAAGGAUUACUUUCAAAAGUUCCUGACCUGUGUUCCCUGUUUUCUUUUCUCUUCCUUAAAUCUAUGAACUUAGGUUCACUUCCAAGUUAACAGUUAAAAACCAAAUUCUUUUAUCCGAGUGUCCAUGACACCUUGCCUCGGCAGCCUUACCCAUGGCUCCCAUGGCAGUUUAGAAUGCCAUUCUCCUUGACUCGCACUUAAUUUAGAAUGCUUUUCAAUGUAAAUUGUGUGCUUCUUCUUUCCUCAGAUGCGUUGUUUGUUCAGAUUACCAUCUCUGCCAUGAAUGUUUUGCCACAGAUACCCACACCCAGCAUUCCUUUCAGUUUCGACAAGUAAGGCAUUCAUAAUUGUAUCGCCCUGGCACGGAAGGGAAUCCAAGACAGACUUGGAUUCUGGAUUCCGCAUGGCGUGGAUUCCGGAUUCCAGGCACUGGAACUUGGAACUUGGAUUCCGGAUUCCAAUCGUUAGUGGAAUUCCGGACUCCUUGAGCUGUAUUCCGGAUUCCAAGGCCCAGGAUUCCACAAGCAAAUUUUCCCAGAUUCUGGAUAACAUAAGCAAAAACUUCUUGGAUUCCGGAAUCUGGAUUCCCUUACAUGAGGCGAAUCACAGACAUUUUUUAAAACCCUUUCACUCAGACUAAAAGCAUCCAACAUAAAAAUUCUCCAAAAAAGUGAAAUUUCUUUUGGUAAAUCCUUAGAAAUAAAUAGUACUUAACAGAGGUUUUGUCAAAGAGGUUUAAUUUGAAUGGUAACACCAUGCGAUUUCGUUCACGUUAGAGUGACAAAUAGCCUCACCGCAACUUGGAAAAGCCUUGAAACGAUUAAUAUUUCGUAACAGAAAGGAUAAAAUAGUUUUUCUCUUCCAUACUGUCCCACUUCAUGAACUGUAUCUGAACGCCUCGAGCAGGAUAUUGCUACCUCGGCUUUUUUAGGAUUUCAAGAGUGUGCUUACAAUCUCACGUCCACUUUCUCGCUGGGGGAGUUUCUCUGAAAAACUCCGUUUCUGUUUAUUCUGAGAACCAAAGAAUACAUUUGCUUUGUUAAAUUUAUCAGCCAUACUGAGUUUUUCGAAUAGGUCACGGUUAUUGAUUGAAUACAUGCAAGUUUUAAAAUGUUAACGAACUGCUGAUUAAUCUUUCUUAUUUGGCAGAAACUAAGUGAGCGCUGGCGGGCAGCACAAAGAAUUACUCCAUUGCCAAAUGCUGUCAUAAACGAUUUACAGAACCGAGACAUAUCUGAUGGCGAUUAUGAACUACUGCUUCAACUUGACAGGUAAAAAUUAAUGUAUUCGUACAUUAGGCUGGAGAAAUGAUUACGACUACUGUUAUAUUAUUCCCCUAAGGAUUCCCAAACGUUCAAAUUUCCAUUCAAAACUUUAAUAUCAAUAAUCAACAGAUAAGAGUAAAUAAAAGUAAAAUCGUCACUCCAGGGCAAAAUUUGACUAUCCAUUCUGUUUCUAAACUUGUCGCUCAACCUUACCCAAGACGCGAUGUGUUUUGUGAACAUACAUGCCGUACGUUGCGGGGAAAUUUUUACUCCAAGCCCAAGCACUGUGUAAUAGAAACUUGUCCCUGACUCGAGGCUCCUUUAAACAGCCUACAUUUCGUAACACAACCACUGGUUUUCCCGCGAAAUGACGGCUGAAAUCAGAAAUGACGUCAUUUCGUGGAAAAAGUAUUGGUGGCGUCGCGAAAUGUCGCGGGUUGUUUUCUCAGGCUUGAGCACUAUGUGCUUAAUUUUAAGCGUUAUGGUUAAUUGAGUAAACGAGAGUUAAUGUUCCUCGUUCGUUCACUUGAUGUGUAAUUCUCAUUCCAUGCUGGUAUACUCUUCCUCCAACCACAGACAAGUAACUGACCAGCAAGGACUUCCUGCCAAUAUAAUCUUCAAUCUACCAACUCAAGUGUUGCAAGACAGACACAGACUUGUUACAGAUGGCAGCACCUGCGGUGUGUGUUUACAAGGAUUCCAGGCCAGACAGUGCAUAAGAACUCUUCCGUGCCAGCAUCCCUUCCACAUUAGCUGUAUAGAUAAUUGGCUCACAAACCAUUCUCAGUGCCCUGUAGAAGGCUCUUACGUUGGUUCAGUAAUCACUGCCACAGCGACCAAUGGAAGGUCCAGAGAUGUCUCUGGUAUUGGACAUCUCACUUCUGGAGUAAUCGGCAGUCAUGGCUUAGGCGGGGCUGGUAAUAAAAAGUCUGGGCAGAGAUUAAAGGCCCUCACUGAUAAAAACGAUUCAGCGAAAAGUUUACCAAGUAGUUUUACGCUCAGCGGGUCAGGACUGUUGGCAACAAAUAGCAAUAAGACAAGGUGAGUCCGGCUGCUUUUUCCAAAAUCAAAGAUUCAAGUGUUCGCUUUCUUAACGUCAUAACAAGAGGAGGAAAUGGAGGACUUGUCGGCCCGAGAAUGCCGGUAGAUUUGUUACAGACAUAUCCUAAAUGUACAUAUCUGUAUUGAACUCUGUUGUGGAUGGGCCCUGUUAGUGUAGUUACCUGUAUAAUUCGUGUUUGGGGUGCAUUAAAAGCUUCAGCUUCGGUCAAGCAGAAGUAUGGGAAAGAAAAUUGGUGUCAUUGUGGCUUGGAACCUCUACAGACUCUUGUUACCACGGUACAACAAAGUACCAGACUACCAAAAGUGCUUUGACACAUACGACAGCUCGCGUGUUCAUCAAAUAAAAAUGCGUCAGGGUAGAGGGCGGUGACAUUCUAGGGCAGUCUAAUUCAAAAAAUCUAAUUUUGGAAAAUCUAUUUUUACUCCAGAUCAAGUGGAGCUGGAAUCAACACCCUUGAUCAUUCGCGCCAUAUUCAUGUAUCAACCGUCGAACCCCCGCAGCUUGAUCAACCUACAAGUUCUCGUCACACCUCUUCGGUCACACAGUUUGCCAGAUUGUCAUCCGCGGGUCGGAACGGGUCUGGGUCCCGCUUGCCAGAAUCCACGAGUGGAAUUAAGGGAUUUACCAGACAUAAUUUAACGUUUAGUCCUGUCAGCGCCAAGCCACCAAUGCCGUCGCAAACUUUGAAUAAUAACAGAAGUUCCAGCAGUGAAGUCAGACGGCCAAGGACUAAACUACACAGGUCACAACGAAGCAAUGUAAGUACGCAAAGUAUUUGAAAUUGCGGGUCACUUAUAUCCUGCGGGCAGAGGACAGUGCUGUACAUCUAGGCUAGUUUUAUAGUUAAUAAUGUUUAUCUAGGCUAGUUACUUUCGGAUUGUGUAUAGUAUUGUUAUUUUUGAAUUAGUUUUUAUUUCAGUUUCCCAGUUAGUAGAGGGGUUUUUUUGUCUUCAAGCGGGCAAGAUAUAGCGAGUCGUUUGUCCUGAUUGGCUAUCCGAGCUUCGAGGUGGGCCUAUUUUGCCCGCAGCGAAUGCUUCCUUUACCAGAAAGAAAAGAAUUCUGGUGUAGAACGAACGUAGGUUCUUGAUGUUUCCUCUGUUUGUGCAGUCUACAAGUGUCAAUAACAAAUUCUGUCAUUCUUUCAGUCUGUUGGAGAACUUAGUUUGUUAGCAUCGGGUACAGCUGUGCAGCUUGGAUCGCAGACGCCGCCCUUGAGCACGGACAAGAGACAGCGAGGACAGCUUGUCAAGGGUAGUUUCACAGCCAAGAAUUCGAGACACUCUCUGUCUGAUCCCGGACUCGCAGUCACACUAGAACCUGUGAUCGCGUCAGGAAUUUCCGUGCAUCUUCCCCCUGUGGACAUAGAUUGAAUAUCUCAUUGAAUUUUCUGGUAGUUCCUUGGUGUUGCGCUUGUGAGACAGCAAAGAAAGGAGACCUUUUAAUUCUAAGACGAGAACGCCGGACUACGAGGAUGAGAUUUUCUCUAUCAGUGGUGGGCGUGUGAAUCAAAAACGUGGAAGCCGUCGUCAUUUUCCUACGGGUUUCAGAAGGAUCUCGCAGUGGCAAAAACAAGUUCUCAAAAGUUGGAAGUUUCACCAUUUUGCGAUCGGGAGAGGGCUUAACCUCCUUUAAUAAAAAUAACCGUGCUGACUUUUCUGGUGAAAAAAGUACAAUGAAGCUUUCCGGGGUGUCUAUUUUUGGAGAAUACACGAAAAAAUUAAAGUUAAAUCUCGUUUCACAGGCGUCCGCGUCAUCGAAUCUAAAGAUCUCUAAUUUCCACACCACCACGAAAUUAGCCUGCGUAACAGGUGCUAGGAAAUAGAUGGGCGCGAAAAAAAACGCGCGAGAGAGGAGACACGCGUGUCUCCUCGCGCGCGCGUUUUGUCUCGCGCCCAUUUAUUUCCUAGCGCCUGCUACGCAGGCUACCACAACAUAGGUCAACGACAAAAGUUAGCACCACAAGGACACGACUCAGUCGAUUCAAAGGUGUAAAACUUUUGUUAUAGGCAGGAAAUAAUAAAUGGAAUCAGGAGCCGUAUGGCUCUUGAUGGAAUGAAUUGUGUAGAGAGAAGAACUCAGAAAAAUUUCUUAGCUCCAGGUGGCAAUUGAACCCUCGUCCGUUUCCUNAGACACGCGUGUCUCCUCGCGCGCGCGUUUUGUCUCGCGCCCAUUUAUUUCCUAGCGCCUGCUACGCAGGCUACCACAACAUAGGUCAACGACAAAAGUUAGCACCACAAGGACACGACUCAGUCGAUUCAAAGGUGUAAAACUUUUGUUA